CGGUUGCGACGUCCGGGCAAUCUGAUUGUUCGAAUCGGUCACAGUGUCUAAUUAUCCCGUAAACUCUCUUGCUACGCUCCGCCCGGACAGUCAACCGCCGGCUCAAUUGAGCUUCUUCCCGUGAAGCAUCGCUGUGGGCGUGCCCAGACGGCGGAAACGGGACCAGUCAAGCUCAACUUGAUUCCCCUUCACUCAUCUUCGCGCCGCCAUUGACAAUCGGCAUCAAAUUGGUCUUGGCGUUGGCCGCUCAUCUAACCGCGUAACUCAAUCGUUUCUCUACUCAUUGGACUCAUUCAAUUGAGACGCGCGCCACAAUCAUGGCGCCUAAAAACCAUCUCCCACAUCCCCAGCCGCAACCCUUCACGCCGAGCUCGGCCUCAACAGCCUACGCAUCGCCAGUACCAGAACACGGGCGUCUACCAUCACUCACUCACCCACAAAACGGAGGAGCCGCUGCGACAGUAGCAGCACUCUCACCGACGGCAUCAGCGGCAUCGGGACCGUCAUACUCGACGCCCGUCGCGCGGCAGCAAACGGCGACGCCCAAAAGCUACGGCAACGGCAACGGCAACGGAACUCAUCACCAGCACCCGGAUGAGAGCGUCGACGGUAACUCGGCUAGCCCCGAUGACGGCGGCGACAAGGGCCCUGCGAGGAAGAAGCAGAAGCGUAAUAAGCCUACGUUGUCGUGCUUUGAGUGUGUUGAGCGCAAGACAAAGUGUGACCGAGGCCGACCCAACUGCCUAGCAUGUAUCAAACGUCAAACGGAAUGCCAAUAUGCAGCCGUGGCCACGAUACUGGAAGAAACAACAAGAUCCCUCGCCAACGGCCGCCGCAUGACGAAACCCCCGAAACCAAAAGGACCAGGCGACAUAUCCACAAUCCCAAACGUAGCGGACAGAGGCCUCAUCGAAGGCCGCGGCUUCACCUCCCGCGGCUCCGUCGGCUCCGUCGCCUUCUCCUCCUCCACGGGCCUCCUCUCCAACGUGCCCUACUCCCUCCCCACGGCCAGCAACGUCUUUGGCAUCGGCUCCGAGCACCCUUUUGCCAACUACUGGACCUGCGAGGGCGGCCUGCCCGAGGUCAUCUCCGUCCUGCCCGAAAAAGUUCAGGCCGACAUUUUGCUCGCGCAGUACUUUGAGUGCGUCGACCCUGUCUACCCCAUGAUCCACCGGCAGACCUUCUACGCCGACUAUGAGCACUUUUGGAGCCUCAGCGCCGAGGAGAAGAACCGCGUCGAUGCGGCGUUUGUGGGGCUCAUCUUUGUGAUGCUGGCGCUGGGCACGCAGUUUGUGACGUCGAGUUCGCCGAACGAUGCGAAGCAGACGGCGGAGUUUUAUGCCUCGGCGAGUAAUCAGGCGCUGCGCAUGUUUUCUUAUCUGAGUGCUGCUUCUUUGCGCUCCAUACAGUCCAUGGUGCUGUUGACGUAUUUCCUGAUCAACGACAACCACGCCUCGGAUGGGUGGGCGUUUGCCGGCAUCCUCAUCCGCCAAGCCUACGCCAUGGGUCUACACCGCGACCCCAAUAUUGUAACCCCCGACGCCCCCAUCUUUGAAAAGCAACAACGCCGCAAACUCUGGCAAGCCGUCCUCCUCCAAGACACCUUCCUCACAGUCCUCCUCUCCCUCCCCCCGUCCGCAACCCACACCGACGUCUCCGUCGAAGACCUCGUCGACGACGGCUCCGCCAUCGCCUCCUCGGACCCGACAGACAUCGCCUACAUCCGCGGCUCCUGGACCCUCGCCAACCUCGUCCAAGAAACAAUCUGCUCCCCGCGCUCCCUAGAUCUGCCCAUCUGCGCCACCGUCCGCCACAAGUCAAAACUCAUCGCCGACUUCCGCUGCGUGUACCGUUCGUUUCCCGACGUUUUCCGGUCGUGGGACGCAGAGAGCCUCGCGAGCCUCGCGCGGACGAAUAAGCGCGUCGUGAGGCAGACGCUGUUUUUGACGAGUAAUUAUCACCACAACAUUAUGCUCGUGUACGCGUCCGAGAGCGCAGAGUGUCCUUCCAAUACAAGGGGCACGCUCGAGGCGGCGCACGAGGCGAUCACGUCGUUCUUCUUGCUGUUUGACAUCUUUGAGCUCGAGGCAAGGGUGUGGUGGGUUUUCAACCACCGCGCGUUCCUCGAGGCGCUCUGUAUUGGGAGCGUGCUGCGGGAGAUGGGCAAGGACCCUGUUGCGGCGGAGGAGGCGGAUCGGGAUCCGCUGUUCCAGAGGGCUAGGAGUGAUAUUGGUGAGUUAUUCGACCCCCUCAUUCUCUCUUUUUCUCUCUUUUCUACUAUAAUUCUGUACUUUUCUAUUCUCUCACUUUUAGGCUUCACGUCCGGUGUGUGCUAACAAACACGAUGCAGCAAAAAUGAUCAAGAUCAUGGUGUUGAUGGGCGAAGGCGAGCAGGGGUCCGAUGUCGCGCGGGCCCGUGUGCAAGUGUUGAAGGACCUCUUGCCACCCUUGUAAGACGUCGUUACCGAUAUUAUUGCUUGUUCAUGCUCUCUGGAUUGCGGCG